CGAAGAGGAAAAAAAAUCAAAGUAAUCUUAACACUCUGUUUUCUUUUUUUCCCACAUUCAGGCAUUUCUUUUUCCAAAUAUUAUAAUGCAAAUAAUUUUCAUUUUCAUUACAAUUUUUUUAGAUAUGUAUAAGGAAAACCGGAAAAGAAAGAAAAAGGAGUUAGAAUAUACUCAAAUAUUCAAAUUGGAAACAGGGGAUAAAAAAUAGAAAUUGAAAAUUUAUAUUUCCGAGUGGGGGUGAAGUCUUCAAACGGUUUCUAUCUACUCCUACUUCUCUCCAUCUUGAGACCUUCCUCCCCUCUUCUUCACGAAGAUUCAUUCAAUCCAAUCCAAGCCAAACCCUUUUUUUCCCCCGUGGAAUUCGAACUUAUAUAUUGGUGCUUUCCACUUCGAAAAUUUUUCAAACUUCGCCUAAUAUUACGAACAAUAUUCCACCAUUUGAAAGUAAAGGAGAUUGAUUUUUUUUUUUUUUUUGAAAUCCCAAGAGGAGGACAAGAAAAGAAGACUUCCUUGGCUGUUUACUUGAUUCUUAGGAAACCCUUUUCAGUUUCUGUGUUGCUGAUAGUAUUCAAGGUACUUCCGACUCUGUAUAGCCUUUCCCUUUCUGGGUUUUUAUUUUCUCUGAGUUUUAGUGAUUAUGCCCUUUUUACUGAAAUGUUUAUAGAAAUCUGCAACUUGAUAUUGUGUAAUAAUUUAUCUUUGGGUUGAUUCUUGGAUGGUCCGUGUUUCAAUGGUUGAUUUUGGUGGGGGUUCUUCAUUGUGAUUCCCUGAAUAGCUUGGACAUGUUUGUGUUUCAAUCGUUCUUGAUAUGGGUUUUUCUUUGUUCCGAUCAGAUGAAGACCUUGAGAUUGUAUUUGGGCCUUUUUUUUUUUUUUUUCUCUCUCUUUUCCCGUUUGGGAUUUUUGAGUUUUAAAGGAGUUGGUGGAAUAGUGAUUCUUGAGUUUGACUUGGUGGGGUUCAACUCUGGUUUUUAUUCCUUCAAUUCGUGUAAUAAAUUGGGAAAAGCAUAUUGGGAAUUUUGUUGAUCAUGUUCCCAUUUAUCGAAAAAAAUCACCAUAUAUCGAAUCUCAUAAAAGUUUCUGAAUUGACUUGUAGGAGGAGGGGAUUGGGAUGCCCUCCAUAUUUUUUGUCUUUUUUAUUUUUCUAUUGGGCACUGUUUGAAUGUUUAAGAAGAUUGGUUUCUUAGAGGAGAUAUCUGAAACCUGUUACGUGAGGAUAUUGGUGAAAGAUAGUGUCCUAUCUCUGUUUUGCAUUAUCCUUCUUCGGCUGAAUGUUCGAUCUGUUUGUGUUCCUUAAGUUAAUCUUUCAGACGACUCUAUAUUCUUUUAUCAUCGUAGUCUUCUACUCAUUCGGAAUUGGUGAAGAUUGGUUGAUUUUGUAUUCUGUUGGCCAAGUUUUAAGUGCCUUCUUGUGGUUCACUUACAAGUACUCCUUUUUCUUUGCAGGAAACUGAUCUGUGGAAUCUUUCCUAGCUGAUAACCUUGCCUCUAUUUCAUUAUUGUACUCAAAAUGUUUGGUCACAAGAAGUCUCCAUUACACAGGAAUGCCAGACAGAGCUCAGUCGAUGCUAAAUUUUCUACCUCUAACCCCUUUGAUUCUGAUGGCGAGUCAGAGAAAAAGCAAUCUCUUACAUCCUCUCGUAGAACGUCUUCGGAGCCCGCAUUAGUUACAAAACAUAUGAGCAGCAAUUCAUUUGAUGAUGAACUGGAUAAAGGCACUCCAUCAGCUGGUUAUUUCUCUGCCUCAACAGCAAGAAACAAUUACAAAAAUGACUUCCGUGACUCUGGAGGAUUAGAGAGCCAAACUGUUGAAGAAUUGGAGAAUUAUGCUGUAUACAAAGCCGAAGAGACUACAAAGUCUGUCAAUGGAUGCCUUAAGAUUGCCAACGAGAUAAGGGAGGAUGCUACUAAAACUAUGAUCACCUUGCAUCAACAAGGAGAACAAAUAACAAGGACCCACCACACUGCUGCGGAAAUUGAUUACGACCUUAGCAGGGGUGAAAAGCUUUUGGGAAGUUUAGGAGGCUUAUUCUCAAAAACUUGGAAGCCAAAGAAGAAUCGUCACAUAACUGGGCCUGUAACCAUAAGGGAUGAUCCUGCAUAUAGGAGAGGCAGCCACCUGGAGCAGAGAGAGAAACUAGGAUUGACUUCUGCACAUCAGGAAAGGGCCAAAACACGACCUCCAGUUCCAGAACCGACAAACAAUCUGCAGAAAGUUGAGGUAGAAAAGAUGAAGCAAGAUGAUGCGUUGUCAGAUUUGAGCAAUGUCUUGGGGGAGCUGAAGUCAAUGGCUAUUGACAUGGGAGCAGAAAUUGAAAAGGUCGAGAGAAGCGGUGAGGAUCGGAGUGGAGUAACCACCGAAUUCGAUUCGAUGCCGGAGAACGAGUCGACGCCAGAGCAUCGCCGGGGAGGCUACAACAUAGUACGAAUCAGCGACAAAUUCAAACAGGGCAGAUACGUGGUACAGAAAAAGCUCGGCCAGGGACACUUCUCCACCGUUUGGCUGGCUCGGGAUACUCAUGAAUCUUCUAGAUACGUAGCUUUGAAAAUUCAGAAAAGCGCGAAGAAAUACGCCCAAUCGGCCAAGGACGAAAUCGUGAUACUGAAGAAGGUUGCGGAAGGAGAUCCAGAGGAUAAGAAUUGUGUUGUGAAAUUGUUGGAUCACUUUAAUCAUUCGGGAAGAAUUCCGCUUUGUAAGGUGAAGGAACUCUGUUUCCACAUUCUGGUUGGUUUGGACUACCUUCAUCGCAAGUUUUCCAUCAUCCAUACCGACCUGAAACCGGAUAACAUCCUGUUCCUUUCCUCGAUUGAUUCGGGUAAAGGGCAUAAGCGAAGCCGCCACGACACAAGCCGGAAUCUGCUUGCUGAUCUCGAGGAUGUGAAGUGCAAAGUGGCUGAUCUUGGAAAUGCUUGUUGGACGCAUAAACAGUUUACUGGUAAUAUUCAGACAAGGCAGUAUAGGUGCCCUGAGGUAAUCCUCGGAUCAAAAUACUGGACUUCAGCUGAUCUAUGGUCGUUAGCUUGUAUAUGUUUUGAGCUGGCCACCGGAGAUUGUCUGUUUCGUCCUCGUUCUGGUGAGAAUCAUAGCAAGGAAGAGGGUCACUUGGCAUUGAUGAUGGAGCUUCUAGGGACAAUGCCGCGGAAGAUUGCCUUAGGUGGCCGUCGUUCAGGGGAACUUUUCAACAGAUUUGGAGUUCUGAAGAACGUUAGUAGAUUAAAAUUCUGGUCCCUCAGUAAGGUGCUUGCGGAAAAAUAUAGAUUUAGUGAGGCUGAUGCGGAAGAAUUGGCAGACUUCUUACUGCCAAUACUCGAUUUCGUGCCCGAGAACAGGCCUACUGCGGCACAGUGUCUGAGGCAUCCUUGGUUGAACAAGGUUCCUCGGCAUAUUGUGCAAUCGUCGGCUAAAACUUCCCUCCCGGAAACCACUCGAAAACGGAGGUGCAGAAGGGAAGAAAGGGAGGUUAUCUAUGUACUAUAUUGAUGGAAGUUCAAACGAAGUAUUUGCUAG